AUGGACUUGAUCAUCAGAAAGUUGGGCUUGGUCUCUGAUCGUCUUCCUAAAUCUGUGGCUAUUGCUUUAACAAUAAUAGGUGCAAUAAAAGUUGCUUGCAUUUUGAAGACUGCUAUAUCAAAUGCUUUUUAUAAGAAGCUCUGUUGGCCUCUUAACCUGUCCUCAUUAUACGGUUCAUAUUCAAGAGUUCUAAUUACAGAAGCAUCUACAGCUAUAGGUCAAGCUUGGGCAGAAAAAUUUGCUAGCAAAAAUUUCAAUCUUCUGCUUGUGGGCUCUAAUGAAAAUGGGUGCAGAUCCAAUGAUAGCACCUUUUUGAUAGUGUACAUUUCACCGAAGUACUUUUAGUCGAAAAUUGGUUGAAACUUUUUGAUAGAGACAUUGAUCGAAAAAACCCGUUAAAUUUCGACCAAAUGUCACACUAUUUAAAAAUUUUCGACUAAAUGUAUUUCGAUGAAAUGUACAAUGUCAAAAAUCCACUGUCAUUUGCAUGGAGCCGAUGAAAAUAGCUUGACUAAGCUCAAAGUUUCUCUUCAGCUUAAAUAUUCUAUAAUUCGUUUGACCUAUUUAUAAUUAUUAUUGCUUCUUAAUAAUGUAAAAUUAAAUAAAUAAGCAUACAAAGUUAAUAUUGAAACUUUAGUUAUUGAUUUAUGUGAAAGAGACGCAAGCGAACUAGUCUGCAGCUUUAUCGAAGAAAAGAAGCUUGAAAUCUCUGUCAUUGUGAAUAUAAUGAAAAACGUUCAAAUUGGAAAAUUCAGAACUUUAUUCAAUAGUGAUGGGAAAAUAGAGCCAGGUGCAUUUAAAGAAAUGGUAAAUGAAAAUGCUUUGAAUAUAAUCCAAUCAAACAUUGUGUUUUCUACUUUAGUUGUGAGAAGCCUUUUGCCGAAGUUAGCUACAAGAAAAUAUAAAUCCGCAGUUAUUAACUGCAAUUUGAACAUUGACUCGCCUUAUAGCUCAGUUUAUGAUGCUACUAAAGACUAUUUGAAAACUUUUACGUUAAGGAUUGCAAAGGAGACAAAAAAGAGGGUGGAUGUUUUUAGUACUUCAUAUAAAGAAGGCUCAGAAAAAAGGUGUGUAGAUGAAGCUAUGGGAAGUAUUGGAAGAAAUUUUGAAGCUCCAAAGGGGCUAAAAGAAAUAUUCUUUAGUCAUUAA